AAAAAAAAAAAAAAAAAAAAAAAGUAAAAAUUUUAUUCAUUUUUUCUUCUUUUUCUUUUAUAUUUAUAUUUUUAUUUUUAUUUCUCAUGACAGAUAUUCAAUUGAAAAUUUUACCAGAAGCGUUUUCCAUUUAUCAAUAUGAGCAUGACUUCAAGCUUUCUUCGGACAUAUUCGAUGCUCCAUGGUAUACUAUUUCUAGAACUAAAAGUGAAUUAUCAAUCAUUCUACCCACUUUGUAUAAGUCAUCUUUUAUUCAUAAUCAGCCUCCUAAAAAGUCAGAGCAUGGUUGGCGCAUGUUUCAAGUAGACGCUCAAAUGGAUUUUAGUUUAGUAGGAAUUCUGGCUAGAAUCAUUACUCCUCUCAAGAAUAAUCAAAUACCAGUCUUUGUCGUUAGUACUUUCGAUACUGAUUACGUAAUGGUGAAAGAAGAUAAAUUAACUGAAUCUAUUAAAACUUUAAGUAACGAACCUAAUAUAAUUGUGAAACCCGGUGAACCUGUCCUAUAAAAAAAAAAGUAAAAUGAAAUAAAUAAAAUAGUUUCUUUCUUCGUUCC